CUGUUUUUAGUGAGGGGGAGGGUGUGUAAUAUUCAAGUAACUUACGUUGGCUUUUCUCCCAGAUAGAAUUUGGUCUGGGAAUUUCAAUUUUAAAUCUGAGGGGUAGUUUGGAGCUCACUUCAAGAAAACAGCCUGUAAAGUGUUAGCUUAUCAACUUCUUUAACAACAGCAGGUACAGUAAGUAAACUCAUUUGUGCGCGUUUCGUUGCUUUCAAUCAAUCUGGGUCCUCCGGGCAUGUUUAUCAGAAAGAAACCGAACAGUAUCAGAAAAAGCGCACACGGGUACCAUGACGACAGAGGUGGGAUCUGAGACGGAGGUGAAGAAGGAGCCGGAAAAGGCGGAAUCGCAGCAGGAACAGCCAGCGGCAACCGCGUCGAAGGAAGAACCCGCCAACGAGGCCAAGCCCGAGGCUGAACCAGCCGCCUCCGAACCCCCCACAGCAGCAGCAGAACCAGUAGCCGCCGCCACCGCAGAGGCAACAGCCUCCGACACCCCAGCCGCCAAGGAGCAGCAGCAGACCUCCGAGAGCGAGCAGGCCAAGGCUGAGGAGCCCAAGGCGGAGGACAAGAAGGACAAGAAGGAGAAGGAGGGCAAGGAGGGCAAGGGCAUCUCCCGGUUCCUCCCUCCAUGGCUUAAGAGGUCCAAGUCCCAAAGCCAGGUGGGACCCAAAGAGAGCGCGCCCAAGGAGGGGAGCGUGGAGGCUGUGAAAGAGGAGGAGGAGAAGAAGGAGGAGGAGGAGGAGGGCAAGGCAGCAGAGGAAGACAAGGUCGACGGGGAGCAACAGGCUCAGGCCGCAACAGCGGAUCAGUCCCAGGAGCAGAAGGAGGCAACCGCAGGGAGGUGCCGUCCGCUCAGGAGCCCAAAGCAGACGACAAGGAGGAGGAGAAGCACUCUAUAGGCAGCGCCGACACACAGCCCGCCAAGGAGGAGAAAGGUGAGGACUCCCAGGAGAAGGACGCUGAGGAGACGAAGGCUGAGAACGGAGUAGAGGAGGAGGCCAGCGAGGAGGCCAAGAAGGACGACGAGGCCACGGACAAGGCCGACACU